AGGCGGUGGCGGCUCUGCCGAGGUGACAAUGUGCUAGGAGCCCCGCUCCGUGUCUCCUGCGCCUCCCUCGGCCUGGGCUCCUCCUGGCAGCGCUCUCGGAGCCUCGCGGCCGCCUGCCGCGCUAUGAGGGAGCAUCUCCGGGGCUGGCCGAGGCCGGGGCCGCCUCGCUCUGUUCGCCGAGAAGUGUGAAGAGAGGGCGCGGGCGGGAGCCGGGGCUGCGCGCGGCGGCGACGGCUCCAGGUGAGCGCAGCUCUCCGCGCAGCCGGCCACCGGCCGGGGCUGGAUCCAGGCAGCAUCCCGUGCGCGGACCGCCGAGCUCUCUCCGCGGGAUCGACAGCCACCAUAGCAGUGGGAUGCAUCUUGCUUUUGUCCUGGAGAUCACCUCUGUGGCUUGGAUUUAUCUCAGGAACAUCCGUCUUCAGUCUCCGUGUUAAUUAGAAAGCAAGCAUGAGGAGAUUUGUCUACUGCAAGGUGGUUCUGGCCACUUCGCUGAUGUGGGUGCUUGUUGAUGUCUUUUUACUCCUGUACUUCAGUGAGUGUAACAAGUGUGAUGACAAGAAGGAGAGAUCCCUGCUGCCUGCGCUGCGGGCUGUUAUUUCAAGAAACCAAGAAGGUCCAGGAGAAAUGGGAAAGGCUGUGCUCAUUCCAAAAGAUGACCAAGAGAAAAUGAAAGAGUUGUUUAAAAUCAAUCAGUUUAACCUCAUGGCAAGUGACUUGAUUGCCCUUAACCGAAGUCUGCCAGAUGUGAGAUUGGAAGGAUGCAAGACUAAAGUCUACCCUGAUGAACUUCCAAACACAAGUGUAGUCAUUGUGUUCCAUAAUGAAGCUUGGAGCACUCUACUUAGAACUGUCUAUAGUGUCAUAAAUCGUUCUCCACAUUACCUGCUCUCUGAGGUCAUCUUGGUCGAUGAUGCCAGUGAAAGAGAUUUUCUCAAGUUGACAUUAGAGAACUACGUGAAAACUUUAGAAGUUCCAGUGAAAAUUAUCAGGAUGGAAGAGCGCUCUGGGUUAAUACGUGCCCGUCUCCGAGGAGCAGCUGCUUCAAAAGGACAGGUCAUAACUUUUCUGGAUGCACACUGUGAGUGCACCUUAGGAUGGCUGGAGCCCUUGCUGGCAAGAAUAAAGGAAGACAGGAAAACGGUUGUGUGUCCGAUCAUUGAUGUUAUUAGUGAUGACACCUUUGAGUACAUGGCUGGUUCAGACAUGACUUAUGGUGGUUUUAACUGGAAGCUAAAUUUUCGAUGGUAUCCUGUCCCUCAAAGAGAAAUGGAUAGGAGAAAAGGAGACAGGACACUACCUGUCAGGACCCCUACUAUGGCUGGUGGCCUAUUUUCUAUUGACAGAAACUACUUUGAAGAGAUAGGAACUUACGAUGCAGGAAUGGAUAUCUGGGGUGGAGAGAAUCUUGAAAUGUCUUUUAGGAUCUGGCAAUGUGGAGGCUCUUUGGAGAUUGUGACUUGCUCUCAUGUAGGCCAUGUUUUUCGAAAGGCAACUCCAUACACAUUCCCUGGUGGCACUGGCCAUGUCAUUAACAAGAACAACAGAAGACUGGCAGAAGUGUGGAUGGAUGAAUUCAAAGAUUUCUUCUAUAUCAUAUCCCCAGGUGUUGUCAAAGUGGAUUAUGGAGAUGUGUCAGUCAGAAAAACACUAAGGGAAAAUCUGAAGUGUAAGCCUUUUUCUUGGUACCUAGAAAACAUCUAUCCGGACUCCCAGAUUCCAAGACGUUAUUACUCACUUGGUGAGAUACGAAAUGUUGAAACCAAUCAAUGCUUAGAUAACAUGGGCCGCAAAGAAAAUGAAAAAGUGGGUAUAUUCAACUGUCACGGCAUGGGAGGUAACCAGGUAUUUUCUUAUACUGCUGACAAAGAAAUACGAACUGAUGACUUGUGUCUGGAUGUAUCCAGACUCAGUGGACCUGUAAUCAUGUUAAAAUGUCACCACAUGAGAGGAAAUCAGCUAUGGGAAUAUGAUGCUGAGAGACUCACUUUGAGACAUGCUAACAGUAACCAAUGUCUUGAUGAACCUUCUGAGGAAGACAAAAUGGUGCCUACCAUGCAGGACUGCAGUGGCAGCAGAUCCCAACAAUGGCUGUUGAGGAACAUGACCUUGGGGACAUGAAGAACUUUUAUCCCAAGACAUGAAAGUCUCUACAUAUUUGUUUGUUCAUUAUUUCAGUUUGGUGAAAAUAUUAACUUUGCUGAAAUAAAAGUUUUAAAAAUAAUUUUAGUAAUAUAAAACACAAUUGUUUAUAAUUCAUUUUUAGGAAUGUUUAUUUCCCUACUAAAAAAAAUUUGUAUCUGAUUAAAAAAGCACAUAAAAUAUAUAUAAUAAGAAACUAUUAUUAAACAUUUGAACUGUUUGGGAAAAAACACACCUUGUAUUUACUUUUAAAAUGUCUUUGUUAGCCUCUUGUCACAGGGUUACUUGGGAUUGGUUUAUUUUGUGUUGUAAUAACAAUUAAAAGAGAGAUUAUGUAAUGCCUUAUACAAUAUCAUAAUUAUAAAAUAUUACCAUAGCUUUAUAAAACAUUCUUUUUACAAAAGCAUCAUGGGACCCUGGUUGAAUUACUAUGCCAACAAUUAGAAUCCAUAUGAAAUCAUUUCUGAGAGCAUUGAAUUCAUCAAACAAAAUAUAAGGUACUAGGAAAGAAAUGAAGCUAGUUUUGAAUUUGUAAAAUAUAAAAUCAUCACAGAAAAUAAAGAAAAGAAUU